AUGCCGCAUGUGGCUUCUCAAGCCUGUACAGCCUGCCGGCGUCUAAAGCGGAAAUGCUCUCGGGAUAUCCCAAGCUGCGUGCUUUGCCAGCGGUUGGGCAAGUACUGCGAAUAUCCUAUAUCUGCGAGUGACGACAGCUCAAGCGUACGGGUUCAUGCUCUACAUCACAAGCUCCUUCGGGGCCCAGACCACCCGUUCCCUCACGCAUUCUUCCUCGAUCAGGAUCUGCAUGCUCCACUUCGUACGAUGCAGUUGGCACAGUCGGUCCAGCCAGAGCUCAAGUUGCACGUUUCCCAGUACCUCAGUGUGGACAGCCCCACGCUCUACAGUGACUAUCAUGUGAAGGUCCAUACCUGGCUCCCCAUGCUAAGUAGGAAGAGGCUGCUGGACCAAGGCGUCGAAAGUUCCGAGAAGACCGAUGCAUGCCACCCCCUGCUCCUUCUUUGCAUGGAGCUUUGCACGGCAGAGUGCGGAGGCUCACCCGCGGAAUUCCAUCUCUAUACGGCAGCAAAGUCGCUGUGCUCGGCGGUGGAGCAGGCUGGCUACCUCUCGCUGCGCCUCGUCCAGGCCCUUGUUCUGAUUACCUUUUACGAAGCCUGCCACGGGCUUCAGCCAGCGGCAUAUCUGACCGUUUCAAGGGCAGCACGGGUCGGUUCCUUGGUCGGCCUGUACGCUUCACGAUACAGCUCCAACCUAUUCCAGCAAGUGUCUACUUGGACGGCAAGCGAGGAGGCGAGACGGACGUGGUGGGCCAUCUUCGUCCUUGACAGGUAUUUACUCAUCGAUGGGCCUGGAUUGCCCUUCUCGCAACAAGAUCCGACCGCCGAGGAGCUGUUGCCGGUCAACGACGGUGACUGGGAGGCUGGAAAUACCGUCGCCAGUGAAAGCCUUUACACUUCGUCUUUUAGCAGCAACACGGUGCUCGGCCCGUUUGCCAUGCUGUGCCAGUCGUCUAACAUCCUGAACAAGAUUUUGCAACACAAGAUGAACCGAAAAUCCUCAUCAGAGCCCGUUGAGCAACUCAUGAAUGAAGCAUUGCAUCUUCACCGGACGUCAUCAGCAUUGCAAGCUUCCAUCCAGGCGUCAUCGGAAGGCUCCCCUAGUGACAGCUCCCCCUUUGCAUCUGCACUAGCCGUAUGUUCCGUGGCUCGAUUGUGUCUCUACAACCUCUAUGCAUGCAACUCGACGCAGAAUGGCCGGGGCGUCUCAACGCCCAUCCAAGCUGAUCUCCAGUACCUAAGCUUGGAGGGUAUUUCGAGCCUGGUACACAAUGAGAUUCCAGAACUCGCGCGCCAGAGGUACGCGUGUCCGUUUCUGGCUCACUGUCUGUACUAUGCUGCGAGCGAAGCUGCCUGGAUCGUGAGGGAAGGCUCCGAUGCGGCAACAACGUCCAGCCUAAAGGAAUUGCUAGACGGUUUGCGAUCCCUUGAGUCCUCCUUUUCCGUGUCAAGUCAUCUUCUAUCUCUCUUGCAACAAGAGGGAGUCUUGGGGCUGGUGGACUCGGAACCUGCUACAUUGCCUGCAUUUCAAGAUGGAGACGAAGAGGUUUCAUCAACAAUGAGCGCCGAGUCCUGA